AAACUUACAAAUGUCAUAAACUUCGAUUAUAGCCCUUUAGUAGGAAUCCCAAGUCAACUUCAUUUGCACGCACUAUAUCUGAAAUGGCCAACUUACAAAAUUCAUAAAAUAUGACUACGCUUUAAAUAGGGAUCCCAAAUUGGAUACUUUUUUAAACUUGUUCCCGUGCGAGAGAAACCCGAAAGUGACAGUAUCAUCUUCAUAGCUAAAAAUCCUAAUUGCGGCAGAGUUUGAGAGAAGAAAUCGCAGCACACAACAAUGGCGAACAAUCAAUUGUUAAAGAUUUCAGAAAUUGAAGGAAGAGGAAGAGGACUUGUUGCUACUCAACCCCUAAAACCUGGACAACUCAUCCUCAAAGACUCCCCUCUCCUUCUUUACUCUGCUUCUUCUUUGGUCACAUCAAACACUUUUUGCUCAAAUUGCUUCAGGGUAAUCCUCCAAUCUCCCAUUCCUUGUCCAUGGUGCCCUUCUUCAUUCUUCUGUACCUCUAAUUGUCAGUCUUCAGCUUUAUCCUCUUCUCACACUCCUUGGGUUUGCCAAUCCUUGACUCACUUAAGAAACAGCUUUUCUUCUCAUAAUCUGAAUGUAGAUCAACAGAUUCAAGCUUUUUUUCUUAUCUCUGCUUAUAAUUUGGCAGUGAUUUCUCCUUCCUCUUUUCGUGUUCUGUUAUCCCUUCAAGGGGAUUCGUCAGUUGUGUCGGAAACUGAUGCUAAUUUGCUUCAUUCCCUUGUUGCUACGUGCCCGUCUACGAAUCUUGGUGAAUUUGGGUUCUCCCAAGAGCUUACUGCGGCACUUUUGGCGAAGGAUAAGGUUAAUGCAUUUGGGUUGAUGGAACCUUUUGAUUCUAAUAGAGAAAGGGGUGUUAGGGCUUACGGGAUUUAUCCGAUGGCGUCGUUUUUCAAUCAUGAUUGUCUUCCGAAUGCGUGCAGGUUUGAGUAUGUUGAUACGGAUGUUAAUAACAGGAGUAAUACUGAUAUUAUUGUUAGGGUGAUUCAUGAUGUGCCUGAGGGUAGAGAGAUUUGUUUGAGUUAUUUCCCUGUGAAUUUUAAGUAUUUGGAAAGGCAGGAAAGGUUGAAGGAGGAUUAUGGUUUUACUUGCAAUUGCGAUCGGUGUGAGGUCGAGGCUAAUUGGUCUGAUAGAGAGGAUGAUGCUAUGGAUAAGGAGGGCGAGGGAAGUGAAGAGGAAGAGGAAGAGGAUGAAGAGAUGGAGGAAGAUAUGGAUGAUGAAGUAAAUGUAAAUGGCGAGAUGGAGGAGAGGGAUCAAGAUUUUCCUCACGCGUAUUUCUUCCUUAGAUACAUGUGUAAUCGAGAGAAUUGCUGGGGUACAUUGGCUCCAUUGCCUCCUGAUGCAUCUCCAUCCACAGUUAUGGAAUGCAAUGUUUGUGGUAAUUUUAGCAAAUCUGAUGAGCUUAUGGUUGGCUCUGGGGACCAUUAGAAUUUUGUAGCACGAGCAAGGUCAACUGUCUGCGGAUACAUAAACUGCUUGAAUAUAGGUUAUGGGGAAUUCUUUCUUAUAAAGAACCUAUUUUGGUACUAAGGGCCGGCCAUAAUCCACAGUAGAUGCUCCCAGCAGGUAGUUAUUAUUGAGGAUGUUACAUGUGAACAACCAGGACAGCUUUACUUACAUUGCUGAAAACACCAGAUAGUUGUUUAUUGAAGAUGUUAAAUCUGAACAACCAGGACAGCUCUACUUACAUUGCUGAAAAGAAUUUGUUCAAUCAAAAAUAUGAUUAAAUAAGGAAACAAAGAUAUGAAAAAUGACAAGAUCAGAUUAUAAGUAGUCACACCUUUCUGGUUGUUUGAAAAAAAAUCAUAACAAGCCCAAAGUAAAACAAACUUGUUUCCAGAAAAAGCUUUGGUUUUUGCUAAGAAACCAAACUUUGCUAUAACAAUGAGGAUUUGCUGGUUCAUAAUAAUUUUCACCGUCAUUGCAUUAUUGUCUCCCUGCCUAUGCUAAUGAUCUCAACCCUCUACAAGACAUAUGUGUUGCAGUUGACAACUCUAAGGCUUCGGGUCAAUCAUCCUUCUAUAG